GAAGCUGCAGAGUAGACUUGAUGGAGAUGAUGAAGAAGAAAAUGGAGCUGAUUUUCAUUCCUUCCCCAGGCAUAAGCCACAUAGUAUCCAUGGUUGAGAUGGCCAAGCUCAUAGUCACGAAAGACCAACGCCUUUCCAUCACCAUCUUCGUCAUCAAAAGACCCGGCACCGGCGCCGUCAAUACCGACUUAAGCUCCUUCGACCAAAAGUACGACCCAACACGCAUAAGGUUCAUCCAUCUCCAAGAACCCAACCCAGAUUCAAUCAAACAUUUAAAUCACGUAGAAACUUUCUUUGCAAGCACUGGUGAGAUCCAAAUACCGAUCGUCCGGGAAGCCAUCAACGCCGAGGUAAUCGGCAAAUCCGGCUCAGGAAAUCUCGUCGGGAUACUCAUGGACAUGUUCUGCGCCUGUUUGGUUGAUGUUGCAAAUGAGUUUCAUGUUCCUUCUUAUAUCUACUUUCCCCCUGGCGCCGCUUGUUUAGGUAUGAUGAACCAUAUGCAGUCCUUUCGAGACAAAGAACAGAUUACGAACGGGUUGGAAUUCAUGAAUUCUGACGCCCAGCUGGAUAUACCCAUUUUCUCCCACCCAUACCCGGCGAAGGUUCUUCCGUUGGUGAUGAUUGACGAGACAAACGGAUGCACAGCAUUGCUUGGCCUGACCGAAAAGUUUAAACAAUCCAAUGGUAUUGUGGUGAAUACAUUCGCGGAGAUGGAAUCCCGUGUUAUUAGAGUCAUCUCGGAAAACGAGAAGAUCCCACAGAUUUACCCUGUAGGGCCACUUCUCAAUCACGAGAAGGGUGCCGGAGGAGACGAACACGACGAGAUCAUGCAGUGGUUAGACGGUCAGCCUGAUUCAUCGGUUGUGUUCCUUUGUUUCGGGAGUAUGGGUAUGUUCGGGGAGGGUCAAGUGAAGGAGAUCGCGGUGGCGUUAGAGAGGAGUCGCCAUCGGUUCUUGUGGUCUUUGAGGAUGCCUCCUUCAUUAACGGUUCCUAUAAAGGAGGUUUUGCCCGAAGGAUUCUUGGAGAGGACGCGGGAAGUUGGGAAAUUGAUUGGAUGGGCACCACAAGUUGAGGUUUUGUCGCACAAAGCGGUGGGGGGAUUCGUGUCGCAUUGUGGGUGGAACUCGACGUUGGAGAGUUUGUGGUGCGGUGUGCCAAUGGCGGCUUGGCCUUUGUACUCGGAGCAACAAAUGAAUGCGUUCUUAUUAGUGAAGGAAUUGGAGUUGGCGGUGGAAGUUAAAAUGGAUUAUCAUAUGAACUUUAAUGGAGUAGAGGACGAAAUUGUGGCGGCCUCAGUGAUCGAGAGCGCGAUAACGCGGCUGAUGGAUGAUAAGAGGAUGAGGAAAAGGGUGAAGGAUAUGAGCCAGAAGAGCCGGGAAGCAGUGAUGGAAGGAGGAUCUUCUUACAUAUCUUUGGGUCGAUUCAUAGACAAUGUAAUUCUCAACGCACCCUCAUCUUAAGACUUCAAUGCUACAUAUAAAUAAAUUAGUAAUAGUGUGGACUC